GAGACGGCAGAGGUCUGGAUAGGAGGCUCGCCACCUGGCGAUGCGAGUUUACUGAGUUGCGAGGCGUCUCCAGGUGUUAGACCGAUCCCACAGCCGUCACACCACAUUAACCCACGAUUUCUCUCCCUCUCUUUCUCCACACACAGAUUUGGCUCAUGCGAUCGUGUGUGACUUUCCGUGGUGAGAACGGGAUGUCCGCUCAGUGAAACGGCCGUGGAUGGAUGGAUGGAUGGAUGGAUGGAUGGGUGGAUGUGUCCGUUCUAGGACGCACUGAAAUAAUACAGUAAAUUGACGGAGGAUCGCUGAUCUGCUCGGCCAUUUUAUCUGGAGUUCAAUCCCUCUUUUCUCUAACUCUGGAAUUUAAAAAAAAAUACGUUCACUGGAGGGGACGUGCAACACCUUUCCUCAGGCUUUGAUCAACUGCUAUGUUUCUGGUGUGGAAAAUACCUGGCGGAAGGUGUACAGCGGGAUCCAGCCUGGGAGGACAGCGCAUAAAGCUCCGUUUCUGAAUUGUUUAAUUUUUCUAAUCAGUGCGUGAUGUACGUGGAAUGAAGACAGAGGAUGGAUAUAAUUUGGGAAAUACUGAUCAUUCUUCAAGCGAAUUUUAUUGUCUGCAUAUCAGCACAGCCAAAUCCGCCGAAAAUUCACGAAGGAUGGUGGGCAUACAAGGAGGUGGUGCAGGGGAGCUUUGUUCCAGUGCCUUCAUUCUGGGGGCUGGUAAAUUCAGCCUGGAACCUGUGCUCGGUGGGGAAGAGGCAGUCCCCAGUCAAUAUCGAGACCAGCCAUAUGAUCUUUGACCCCUUCCUCACGCCAAUAAAGCUAAACACAGGAGGGCGCAAGGUAGGAGGGACGAUGUACAACACCGGCCGCCAUGUAUCUCUGCGACUGGAUAAGGAACAUCUGGUAAACAUCUCUGGUGGGCCAAUGACAUACAGCCAUCGUCUGGAGGAAAUCCGGCUACAUUUUGGCAGUGAGGAUGGCCAGGGCUCCGAACACUUGCUAAAUGGACAGGCCUUCUCUGGAGAGGUUCAACUGAUCCACUACAAUCAUGAGCUGUACACAAACUAUACAGAAGCUGCUAAAAGCCCCAAUGGACUGGUCAUAGUGUCUAUAUUCAUGAAGAUUGCUGAGACAUCAAACUCAUUCCUGAAUCGCAUGCUGAACAGAGAUACCAUCACAAGAAUAACGUAUAAAAAUGAUGCAUAUCUACUGACUGGCCUGAACAUAGAGGAGAUCUACCCAGAGACGAGCAGUUUUAUCACAUAUGAUGGGUCGAUGACCAUCCCUCCAUGCUUUGAGACAGCCACAUGGAUCCUGAUGAACAAGCCAGUUUACCUUACACGCAUGCAGAUGCACUCCUUGCGACUGCUGAGCCAGAACCAGCCAUCUCAGAUCUUCCUGAGCAUGAGUGACAACGUUCGUCCGGUACAGCCACUGAACAAUCGCUGCAUCCGCACCAAUAUCAAUUUCAGCAUGCAGGGCAAGGAUUGCCCCAACAACAGGGCUCAGAAGCUCCAGUACCGAGUGAACGAGUGGUUGCUUAAGUAGCCUCCCUUGGAUGCGCAUAGAGACAAGUGUCAGGGACGGAGACCAGGAUGAGGCGAGGAGGAGGAGGAGGAUGGAGAACUGAAAGAUGUGAAAACCGCUAUUAAUGGUGCAUCUCAUUUAAGAUUCUUUCAUGGCAUUGUAUAAAGACAAACAACACCAGACAUUAUUCGAAUGAAGGAGCUUUGCAGUGUAAGCAAAGAGACUCUGCUUUUCAUACACUGAGAACCUUCUGAACACUUGAUAUAACACAUGCUAACAAGCCCUUCCCCCACUCUACUACUAUAUCCACAUGGACAUUUUGAUACCAACACUUUUUUGGGAGAAAGCAAAAAAAACAGACACUUGGCAACAACUGUAAAAAAAACAAAAAAAAAACUAAACAAAACAUGGAAGCAUUUAUUUGAUAGCCUCCCAGGCAAAAUGACAAUGUUGGGACUUUAAAGACUUUGUACAUAAAAGAUGUUACAGUCAGUGGGAAAAUCCAAGGACUAAGUCACUGCCUCCAUCCUGCCGGUCAAGGCGAAGCAGUCAACUCACAUGGACGUUCCAUUAUAGUCACCAAGAGGGCAUGCAAUCAGCAAAACCUACAGAGAGAGAAUACAGCCUUACCUUGUCAUUUUUUCAAAGCUAGAUUCAUGUCAUGGGAGACAAGCAGAUACUUCGAGGCAUUCUUUACAGCCUCAGAGGAACCAGUGUCUUGGCCUCAUUUGUAUAUAUUAUAAUUAUCAAUACUAAAGAAAAAUGAAUAUGUAAAAAAAAGUAUUGAAUCAAUAUUCAAAAGAUAUAUUGAGAAGAUUUUAAAAAAGACAAAAGUUUAAGAAUUUAACAGCUUGGCAUACUUUGGAUUCUGGAGCAGUUCUCAGUCUGAGCUGAUGCCUUUUUUUCUGUUUUAUUGUUUACAAUGGUCAUACACUGUGUUUAAGUAAUGUUAUCAGCCCAAUAAAUGUGUCUGGAAAGUUCA